CACCCCACCCCAACUCCCAGAAUCACCCUCCAUUAAAGAAGUGAUAAUAGAAGAGGGGAACAAAUAAGAGAGAGUUGCCGUAUUUAUCUUCUUCCUUCAAUCACUCCCUAAAGCCCUUAAAAGCGAAAGCACCACCCAAGAAGACGGACAGAGAGAGAGAGUUGUGAAAUCAUGGGUAACCACAGGUUCAGACUAGCAAACAUGUUACCAAAUGCCUGGUUUUACAAGCUCAAGGACCUCCGCAGAGCCACCGCCCCAAACCACAAUCCCCGUAGAAAUAAGAAAGACCACCCUUCUUCUUCUUCCUCUUCUUCUUCUUCUUCUUCUUCAACAUCUUAUUCAUCGUCUCUUCCCCCUCCACACCAAUCCAAGACCACCCUGCAAAUCUCCCACCAAAGAAAGUCCUACUACUUCUCCAGAGAGCUUACUCCUCCCCCGCAAUCGCCGUCCCAUUUCCCUGAAUCACCCCGAAAAUCAUCGACGCAGAGCCGCCGCAGCUCCUCCACCACAAACGCCAGGAGAAAGAGAGCCUCCCCACGGCUUGUCACCGCCUCCGUCUCAGCCGGCUGCAGCUGCCGCGCCACCCUCGACUCCGUCUGGACUAAGCCCGAUUCCACCUCCGAGGACUACCCAAAUUCUCCUCUUGACACCUCCUCCGACGUCGAAUCUCUCUUCCCCGAACUUGGCUCCGACCACGGCAACGAUGACUAUUCCCACCCCACCAAUAAUUCAAUUUCAUCUUCUACAUCUUGCCAAUGCAGAGUACUCAAGAAUGAUGAUAUUGUCAUUGACAUGAACGAGAACGACAAGCAUCCAUUGAAUACAAACAGAGAUGGGUUCAACACCGUUGUUUCCCAUGUUCAACUUCCUCCAAUCUCAACCAAGAAGCCUGAUAACUUUCGAGGCACAAAUCCAGCUCAAUUGGAGCCAAGAAGUAUCAUCACGACUCGCAGAGAAAAGAGGAGCAGUCCCGGCGUGAGGCUUCGCACCAACUCGCCAAGAAUAGCGGCGAGCUGGAAGAUUCAAGGGCAUGGUCGGAAAAGCGUGUCAUCGAGCGGACGUACCGGAACAAGCCUUUCGGAUAGCUUCGCCGUGGUGAAGUCAUCGGCGGAUCCGCAGAGAGAUUUCAAGGAGUCAAUGGUGGAGAUGAUUCUGGAAAACAACAUCAGGGCAUCCAAGGACCUGGAAGAUCUCCUUGCAUGUUAUCUUCAGCUGAAUUCAGAUGAAUAUCAUGAGCUCAUAAUCAAGGUGUUCAAGCAAAUCUGGUUGGAUUUUGCUGAUGUCAGGUUGAAAUAAUCAGCUCAACGACUGAAUUGUACAUCAACUAUCUUCUUUCCUUUUCCUUAUUCUCUUUUUCCCCUUGCUAGCUAGCUAGUUCCUGAGGCUACUGCAACGUGUUCCAAUAUUCAAAUUAAGCUAUAUAUAUAUCCCAACUGUCAUCAGUUUAGUCUUCUGGUACGUUUGCAGAAGUAAUUAAAUUAACUGCAGUUUUUUUUUUUUU